UAAUCAGCCAAACAUUAAGAACAGCUGCCGUUUGCAAGAAAAGUGGAUUAAUUUCAGACACUCUAAAGAAAAUUACUGUUAAACAUUUAAAAUGACAAAUGUUUGCGAUAAUUCGAGACCAUACUGGUCGGACGAGGUGAUUAUUUUUGUUAUUACGACAAUUCGCAACACACCGUAUAUGUGGGACAAGACCCAUAAAGAUUACAGUAUACGUUACUUAAAACACAAUUUCUGGAAGAACCUAAGAUGGACUCUGGAAAAAAGAUUCAAAUUUCGAGCCUAUACAAAUGAGUUGGCCAGAAAAUGGCUUAAUCUAGCAUCCUACUACCGGCUACAACAGAAGGCAAUUUUCGAUGCAAAAGCUCGCGGAGCACAGCCGGAGGAAAUAAAGCGUUUGGAAGGUUGGAAAUUCUUUCAACAACUGAAAUUUCUGCCCUUUGUUGUCUACGAUAAAAACAGUGUGGAUGCGGAAAAUCUAUAUGACAGCACGCACUCGGACGACUCGGAUAAUGUGAGCUCCAGGGCACUGGAAGAAAACCAGGCUGUCAACGAGCACAAAACCGAACCUGGCAGUCCCUUGGAGUCAUCCUCCGAGCGAACUCCAAAAGUGCAGCCAAUAAAUAAAAGUUCUAAACAAAUUGCAAUUGAGGAAUUGAAUGUGCCAAUGGAGAAUAUUGAGGCGGAAGUCGAAGAAACAACACCAAUUGCUAUAGAGCCCGUGAUAGAUGAUACACAAAGCACUCCCAGUUUUCACUAUGGCAUGGCUAUUGCUCAGGAUGUUUUUGAGCUGGAUGAGAACUUAAAAAUUGAUGCUAAAAUGGAAAUUAUGCAAGUAAUUGUUAAAUACCAGAAACAACAACUGCACCGCACAGUAAUGAAUCUUGCCGGCAGCUAAGCAUUUGCAAUAAAUUAUCUUAGUAUUUAUAUUAUUUA